AUGGAAGCUAAUGAGAAGAAAAAAAUGGAGUGCCUGGAUGACAAUGCAGCAUGGAGUUUGUUCAAAGAGAAAGCCGGUAAAGAACUCAUUGCAUCUGAUAAACAAAUCCAACAUCAUGCAGAGGAUAUCACAAAGAAAUGCGCUGGACUUCCGCUUGCUCUUGUCACCGUAGGCAAAGCGAUGUCGACUAAGAAGACACCUGGAGAAUGGGAGUAUGUUGCCACCAUGAUGAGGAAGUCCAAAUAUCAGAACAUUCCAGGUAUGAAGGAAUCAAACUUCUUUCCUAUUUUAAAGAUCAGUUAUGACAGUUUGGAGAGUGAUUAUUUAAGGCAGUGCUUCUUGUAUUGUUCUUUAUGGGGUGAGGAUGAGCAAAUACCUACAGAUGAGCUCAUAGAGUGUUGGAUGGGGCAUGGCUUAUUAGAUGAUUAUGAUGAACUUAAUGAAGCUUACAUCAAGGGUGAGACUAUUAUUGGAAUUCUUAAAGAAGCAUGUUUACUCGAAUCAGGAGUGCAACAGGGGGUUUUUGACCGUAGUGAAUUAAGAAGCAAUUUGAAGGUCCAUGAUUUGAUCCGAGAUCUUGCAUUGUGGAUAAUUUCAGGUUGUCAGGAAAAUAAUGUAGGAUGGUUAGUGAGACCUCAUAGUAACUUAGAAAGGUUACCUGAAGAUCUCAAUGGCAGGGAAGUGAUCUCUUUGGCAUAUAACAGAAUAGGAUCACUGCAUGAAUCUCCUAAUUUCCAUAAGCUCAGAACAUUUAUACUCCAAGGAAAUAAAGAACUCUGCCAUAUUUCUUCAAGCUUCUUUGUGACAAUGCACUGGCUCAAAUAUUUGGAUCUAUCCAGAACCUGUGUUACCUCUUUGCCGGAAGAGAUAGGUAUGUUGCAUGAGUUGCAAUAUCUCAAUUUGUCAUUCUCAUCUCUCAUUUCUUUACCUUCGGCUCUGGGUGAUUUGAAUAAGUUGAAGUAUCAAUAUUGUGGUGGAGCAAAAGAACUAAAUGCUAUUCCUCAAGAUCUCGUAGCAAGGCUAAAAAAUUUGAAUGUAUUGGAUUUAUAUUCAACUGGCAUCUUUUUCUUCGAAGGAGCAUUUCUUGAUGACUUGCUAAGCUUAAGCAAUUUGAAAGGAGUGGGGUUCAACAUAGACGGCCUUUCUGCAUUGGAAAAGCUCUUAUAUGUUCCUAAGCAAAGAGUACGAUUGAUAGACUCUGAUGAAUGUUUAACUUCAAUCAGCAUAUCGCCAUCCCUACUUGGAAGCAACAGCGAGUUACACCUUCAAGAACUCAAUAUCUUCUUCAUUACUGAAUUGAAGGAGUUGGUCAUGACAUCAGAGGAUAAAACUUCUUGGUGCCUUUCUCACCUAAAAAGCUUUUAUUUGAUUUUUCUCCCUAAUCUAAGGGACGUCAUUUGGGAAGAUCUAGAACCAAGUUAUUUUCUCCCCAAGCUCGCUUAUAUGGAAAUCUUUGAAUGCGGCAGCUUGACUAGCUUGUGUUGGGUUGCUCAGCUACCAUCUCUUCAGAUUCUUAAGAUAGCCAGAUGUCGUAAACUGAGGAGUAUUAUAGCUGGUGAUCGGCAUACAAUGAUUGAGGAGGGCACUGCUUUCCGAAGCCUCAAGACAUUGGCUCUUGAUGAUUUGCCAAAUCUAGAAUCCAUCUAUGAGGAGGGAAUACUAUCUUUCCCUUCCAUUGAAGUGAUUACUAUGUUCAAUUGUUGGAACUUGAGAAACCUCCCACUUGGACUUCACAGUGCUAAGAAUCUUGUUUACAUAAGAGUCUUACCACCAAACUUGUGGGAUGACAUGGAUUGGGAGUUCAAGCAUCACUUCUCCAGUUUUGUUUUAUGA